CGAGGCUUGCAGUGGUCAAGAGUUAUAUAACUGCCCCUCCCUUCUCCCCUCCCUUUCCCCAAAUCCAUUUCGAUCGAUCUCUGCCUUUUCCAUUUCUGAGGUGAUUUGGACUCGUUGGGAUGGCGAUUUCGGAUGCGGGGGGCGAGUCGGCGGCAGCUAAGGAGGGCGGAGGGGAGAGGAAGCGGAAGCGCCGGGCGGAGCGGUCGUUGUUGGGCAAGUGGAAGACGGAGGGCGAGCGAAAGAGUUACUCCUCCAAGCUGAUCGAGGCACUCCGCGUCGUUCGACGAUCCUCCUGCCCGGCACCGGCAGUGGUGUCCACGGAUUGCUCCCGGAGCCGGGCCAUCCGGGUGGCAGCGGACCGGGCGCUGGCGGUCACGGCGCGCGGCCGGUCGCGGUGGAGCCGCGCGAUCCUCUGCCGCCGGACUCUCAAGCUCAGGUCCCGGGCGCGGGUCGCCCGGCCGAAGCCCUCCGCGGCCGCCGCCCGUCCCCGGGCGGCGGAUAGGAGGAAGCCGCCGGCUCUGGAGCAGAAGGCGAGGGUUCUGGGCCGGCUCGUCCCCGGCUGCCGGAAUCUGCCCUUGGCGACGCUCCUGGAGGAAGCGACGGACUACAUCGCGGCGCUGGAGAUGCAGGUGCGGGCCAUGACUGCGGUCACCGAGAUCCUCUCGGCCGCAGCCGCCGACGGCCGGUCGUCGUCGGUGGCGGCAGAGCCGAUGUGAUCCAAGGCAGUUGCGAUCCCCUAGGCGUCUUCCUCCUCUUUCUCCUCCCUCUAUUUUUGUUGCCGGCAUCGGCUGAUGCGAUCGCUUGAGAUCGCCUUCUUUUUCUUCUUCGAAUUGUGAUGUAAUUUAUUGUACAUUUUUGUGGUCUCCUUCUAUUUUAUCUUCCAACUAUUUCUCCCC